GCUUAGAAGGGCCAGAAACCGCCAUCCUCAGGGCUUAUCGAGCUUAGUUAGGGUUUUUCCGCCGCGAUCGCCGAGGUGCAAACCAUCUGCGAAGAGAAUGCCGUCGCACAAGACCUUCAGGAUCAAGAAAAAGCUGGCGAAGAAGAUGAGGCAGAACCGCCCCAUCCCCCACUGGAUACGCAUGAGGACCGACAACACCAUCAGGUACAACGCUAAGCGCAGGCACUGGCGCCGCACGAAGCUAGGGUUCUGAGGAUGCCCUAGUAGGUGGACUCCCUUCCCUUCUAUAUCAGAUCUUGUUUUCUUCUUGCCUUACUGUUAUCUCCAGGUGUAGUUGAUAUUUGUGGAAUUCUGUUUGCGGAUGGGGGAGUGAUUUUAGGGUGCUUCAUUGGAAUCUGGCUCUAACGAGUUCGGUUUAAAAUCUUAUGAUACUGAACUGUACGCUGCUUCUAUUCCGUGCAAUGUUCUAUUGAUUUCUACUAUGGUUUUUUUGUUGGUUAUGUUAAUGCAAUGAAUCAAAACAUGAGUCCAUAUUUGAUAAUCUAUCUGUUUUAUGUUGUUCGCUUG